CUCCGACGCGGGCUGCGGGCGGGCAGGUCCCUCCGCGAGCGGGCGCCGCGGGAUCCGUGGACCAGGCGCUUCCUUCCCAAAAAGAGCCCUGAAGUACAUGUUACUAUGGCGAUGACUGCAGGGACUACAACAUCCUUUCCCAUGAGCAACCACACCCGGGAGAGAGUGACUGUGGCUAAACUUACACUGGAGAACUUCUACAGCAACCUAAUUUUACAGCAUGAAGAGAGAGAAACAAGGCAGAAAAAGCUGGAAAUGGCCAUGGAAGAAGAAGGCCUGGCGGAUGAGGAGAAAAAACUACGCAGGUCACAGCAUGCUCGCAAAGAAACAGAAUUCCUGCGACUAAAGAGGACUAGGCUUGGUUUGGAUGACUUUGAAUCUCUGAAAGUUAUAGGAAGGGGAGCAUUUGGGGAGGUACGCCUUGUUCAGAAGAAAGACACGGGUCAUAUUUAUGCAAUGAAGAUACUGAGAAAAGCUGAUAUGCUUGAAAAAGAGCAGGUGGCCCAUAUCCGAGCAGAAAGAGAUAUAUUGGUUGAAGCAGAUGGUGCCUGGGUGGUGAAGAUGUUUUACAGCUUUCAAGACAAAAGGAAUCUUUAUCUUAUCAUGGAGUUCCUACCUGGAGGUGAUAUGAUGACCUUACUGAUGAAGAAAGACACCUUGUCAGAGGAGGAGACACAGUUUUACAUUUCUGAGACAGUACUGGCCAUAGAUGCCAUUCAUCAGCUUGGCUUCAUCCAUAGGGAUAUUAAACCAGAUAACCUUUUGCUGGAUGCCAAGGGUCAUGUAAAACUGUCUGAUUUUGGACUAUGCACAGGUUUAAAGAAAGCUCACAGAACUGAGUUCUACAGGAACCUUGCACACAAUCCACCGAGUGACUUCUCAUUUCAGAAUAUGAACUCAAAGAGAAAAGCAGAAACCUGGAAGAAGAACAGGAGACAACUGGCCUACUCUACUGUGGGAACUCCAGAUUAUAUUGCUCCAGAAGUAUUUAUGCAGACUGGGUACAAUAAACUAUGUGACUGGUGGUCUUUGGGAGUGAUUAUGUAUGAAAUGCUUAUAGGGUAUCCACCUUUCUGCUCAGAAACACCACAGGAAACUUACCGGAAAGUUAUGAACUGGAAAGAAACUUUGGUAUUUCCUCCAGAGGUGCCUAUUUCCGAGAAAGCUAAAGAUUUAAUUCUAAGAUUUUGCGCUGACUCAGAAAAUAGAAUUGGCAGCAAUGGAGUAGAAGAAAUAAAAAGUCACCCAUUUUUUGAAGGAGUUGACUGGGGCCAUAUCAGGGAAAGACCAGCUGCAAUUCCUAUAGAAAUUAGAAGCAUUGAUGACACUUCCAACUUUGAUGAAUUUCCUGAAUCUGAUAUUUUACAGCCAGUGCCAAACACCACAGAAUCUGACUACAAAGCCAAAGACUGGGUGUUCCUCAAUUAUACAUACAAGAGGUUUGAAGGGCUGACACAGCGUGGCUCUAUCCCUUCCUACAUGAAAGCUGGGAAGUUGUGAAAUAAAACAAACCAACCCACAAAAACUCAGGUAGCUGCAUCACCAGACCUGCUUGGCAUAGAUAUCAAUACACUGACUCUGGUGCGCAUUGACUUCACAAAGAAAUUCUACAGGAUUAGGAUUUCUAAAACUACUACAGGAAUUAGUUGGCAGUGCCAGCUGGCUUUUUUUUAAUAUUUGAAUAUUUUUGUUAACUUUAUUAUACAAAGGUACUGGAAUAAAAGGAACAUACUUCCCUUUGUAACUGCACUGCCUAUGUGUAUGUAUAAAGGUUAACUAGGC